AUGGCUGUCAUUACAUCGAGCCUUGACACACUAUCCCUUGAUAGAGUAUAUUCUAUGCUGGUUGAUGAAGAGACACAAUUAGUUGGCUUCGAUUCGCAACCUGAGAAUUUCCCUACAAGUACUAAUGUUUCUCAUGGACAAAUUUAUGGUAGAUCUAUUGGAUCUGAAAAUCUCAUGAAUUCAAGCAGGAAUCAUCAACAGUGCGUGGUGGUAGAGGUCGAGCACGGCUGCAAUGUCAGUUAUGUGGAUGAUUCGAGCAGUGCUAACUAUGUUAAUCUUGAUAGUGUUACUUGUACGUGUUGUGCUAAUAAGUCAGGAACCAGUUCAGUGGCUACACAGGGUGCUGCAUUUCCUUGUACAAAUGUGACAUCAGCUCGUGCUAAGUGGAUCAUGAACUCGGGCGCGAUGCAUAAUGCCACUCUAGAUGCUGCUCAUAUAAACUAUUCCACUGAUCUUGAUGGACUAGGUAAUCUCGUGGUUGGAAAUGGUUCCUCUCUUAGUGUUCAAUUAGUAGGUCAAUCUAUAUUACGAUCAUCUUCUCAAACAUUGCUACUUACUGAUCUGUUGCAUGUUCCUGAAAUAACUAAACACCUUCUCUCCGUGUCAAAGCUUGCUAAGGAUAAUCACGUGUUCUUCGAGUUUCAUGCUGAUACCUGUUGUGUGCGAGAUGAAGUAACAUGCCAUGUACUUCUUCAAGGAAGGAGAUUAGGUCAUCCAACAUUUUCAACUUUGAAAUUGGUUUGUAAUUCAAUUACUGUUGAUAUUCCAAACAAUGUGAAUCAGUUGUGUGUUGCUUACUGUUUGGAUCUUUGGGGACCCUCGCCUGAGCCCUCAGCUGGGUUUCGGUAUUACAUAUCUUUUGUAGAUGCCUGUACUAGGCAUACAUUGUUCAAACACAUGGUUGAGACUCAAUUCUCACUACCAAUCAAAGCUAUACAAAGUGAUUGGGGUGGUGAAUAUAGAAACUGGAAAGAAGAGUUAGCUCAUGCAGGAGUUUUGCAUAGAGUCACUUGUCCUCACUUGUCUGAGCAAAACGGAGUUGUUGAGCCUGUUAAACAAGAUAGUUCUCAUCACGUGGUAUCAUCUCCACGAACAACAUCGUUAGAGGGUAUUCCUCGAAGACAUAAUGUAUAUCCUACUACAGUGGAACCAAUUUUGGAACAUUCUGGAGCAUCUUCUCAAGCAAGCCAUGCUGAGAAUGAAGUGAGUCAUAAUGAUGAACUGGAUCAUUUUCUUGAAUUUUUAGAUCACUCGACUGAAAAUUCACUCAUGACUAGUCCUCCUUUGGUUAGUGCUGAAGGAGUAAAUGAGUCUGUUCAAAAUUCAGUCGAGGAUGCGAGUGUUCCUGAUCAGGUACCACUAACUAACACUCACCCUAUGGUUACUAGAAGCAAGCAUGGCAUUUUCAAGCCUAAGGUGCUCCUUGCUAUGGAAGAUACUGUUAUACCUACAGAUAUUCAUCAGGAUAUGAAGUCAAGUAAAUGGACCUCUGCUGUGCAUAAUGAACUUGCUGCUUUACAACGAAAUGGAACUUGGACAUUGGUUCCGUUACCAAUUGGACGAACAACAGUUGGUUGUAAAUGGCUAUUUAAACAGAAAAAAAAUCCCGAUGGCUCGAUUCAACGUUACAAAGCCAGGUUAGCAGCAAAAGAUAUAACAAACAAGUGGCCACUACGACAUGUAGAUGUUAACAACGCCUUUCUCCAUGGUGAUUGGAAUGAGGAAGUCUUUAUGCAACAGCCGCCUGGAUUUGAGCAGUUGGCUGAGGAUGAAACUAAGCUUGUAUGUAAGCUUCAUAAGGCUUUGUAUGGGCUGCGUCAAGCACCCAGGAACUGGAAUAACAAACUGAAAGAUAGCCUGCUACAGAUGGGAUUUCAAAUGUCAAGGGAAUAUGCAUCUUUGUUCAUUUCACUUGCUCAAGGGGAAGUUACCUAUAUACUUGUCUAUGUCGAUGAUAUUGUGAUCACUGGUCAAUCAGUUACUGCAAUUGAACGAGUGGUUCAGUCACUCAAACUGAAUUUCUAA